AUGGAUGACCCGUAUAAGAGAUCUCCUAAUAGAGUGAAACGCAGACUACUUUCACCAAGAACGGGAAGUCAACUUGGUGAACCAGCGAAGAGAAGAUCUCCAUACGAAAGUCCCCAAAAUCGGCCUCAUUGGUCGGAAAAGACAUCGCCGCUUCUUUCAAACAGGGGGGGCGUGCAAUCACAACAAAUAUCCAAAAAAUCAAGCCACCAUACUUCGCCUUUGAGACCGGAUUCGAACAAGUUAGAAACCAGCUUACUCGGGAACACAUCUCCAAUACGAGCGAAAAAUAUCUUAUCCAAAUUGAGGGAAGAAGUGAGCAAAAUAGAUAGGCUGGACUCUACCAAUUCACCAUACAAAUCAGCUUUGAAGUCCCCGCGACGUCGAAUAAGCCCAGUGAGAAAAUCUGUCAAAUUUGAAGUAAAAUCAGAGGACAGUACGAGCAACGCAUUGAUUUCAACCACACGGGAUCGACUAUCUCAUGAUGAACAAAAUAAGCUCAGUGUUAGUCGCAAUACUAAUCUCUCACCUAUUGACGAGAAACCAUUGGCAAGUAACGAUAUUCUACAAGACAUCCUAACAACACUAAACGCAAUGAUGAUGAAACAAGACAAAUUGUUGACGCGACAGAAUGCGCUGGAGGCAAAGAUAGACAGUUUAAUAAUAAAGAAGGAGAAGCAAGAUCGAUAG